GCUUCUUCUCUUUCCCUCUCUCUUAUUUUUUUGACUCCUCUUUCCUUUCAUUCGGUGCUGGCUGUUAGUUUCUUUGUCUCCGAAGAGGAUCGGCCUGCUGUCAUGGAAGCCUCGGGAAGUUCUGUCAUUAGCCAGGAGCUGUCCUGGACCAAAAGUACCUUUGCUUUAGAUGGAGGAGAGAGGUGGAGGUGGAGAUGGCGGAAUUCUGAUACCGCCACCAGGAAUGUAUGUAUUACAUUGAUGGUAGGGAGAUGGUCCCAUAAAACAAGAAGACCGUAGUAGCCAUGGCCACGAUGGCUGUUUUCCUUCUUUUUUAUGGGGAACAACGGAGUUCAGUACCCAGUGUAGAUUAGUGGGUAUCAAACUUCCAGGAACUACUACCUUAGAGAGCCAAGCAAGCACAUUCAGUUAGUUCAAGUAGGUAGGAUUUAGUAGGAACCAACCGAUACAUGCGAGGGAGCAAGCAAAUAGCAAGCAGCCAGCAGCAAACAACAAGUACCUUCGAAGUACCACUCAGGCAUCGGAGUAGGUACUACUACUGUAGAGGGCUAGUGGUGGGUGCCA